AUGACUCCAUUGAGUUGCCUGCAGGAUCCCAUUAAAUUUUUAAAGCUUGGAGGUGUGCAAUUGCUAGAUCUCCUUCAGUUUUCACUAAAGAAGAGCACGCAUCUAAAACAAUGUUGGGCAGAAUGCUUGAAGAACUGGUCUUGCAUAGCUUACGCCAAUUCAGAUAUUCGUAAAGGCAGUAGUGGUUAUGUGAUGGGUAGCAUUAGAAAAGAAGAACUCUUUCUGGCCUCCACAAUACUCAAGAUUCCUCACCGGCAAGUGAAGAAUCUGGACAUCCAGAUUUGCAGGAUGGUUUUGGUAAGGUAUACAAAAGCUGUUGCAGGAUUUUUCAGAAAGACCUCUCGAAUCCUGGGAGCUUGUGAGUACGAGCAUAUUCCGCAAGUACAUUGGACUGAUUGA